AGAACUGGUGACUAAGUGUAACACUUCUCGGUCACGUCAGGCAGUGGUGUUAAGAGCGUCGCCGUCUUAAAAGCCUAAAAAGCUUUUUCCGGCUAGAAUUUUGUCGCUGGCUAACACAGCCAUGAGUACAAAUGGAGCUGCCGAUAAAUACUCCAACCAUACUCUUGAAAAGGUGGCGAAAACCAAAGCCACGAUUGAAAGCUUCUACGCGAACUUGAUCACUCAACACCAAGAGAGACAGAACAGAUGGAAAGUCUUGGAAAUGAAUAUGGAAAAACAAGGCCUGACAGAAGAAGAGAAAAGAGAAUCAAGAAGCCAUCUUGCAAAGAAAGAAACAGAAUUUCUAAGACUGAAAAGAUCAAGAAUUGGGAAGGAAGAUUUUGACUCAUUAAAGGUGGUUGGACGUGGUGCUUUUGGUGAGGUACGUUUAGUACAAAAGCAUGACACAGGCCAUGUAUAUGCAAUGAAGAUCUUGAGAAAGGAAGACAUGCUUGAAAAGGAACAGGUUGCCCAUGCCCGUGCAGAGAGAGACAUUCUUGCUGAGGCAGAAAAUCCUUGGGUGGUAAAGAUGUUCUAUUCAUUCCAGGAUAGACAUUACCUGUAUUUAGUGAUGGAGUUUCUUCCAGGUGGUGAUCUUAUGACUAUGCUCAUGAAAAAAGACACUUUUACUGAAGAAGAGACGCGAUUCUACAUUGCUGAAUCAGUUCUUGCAAUUAAUUCCAUCCACCAAGUUGGAUUUAUUCAUAGAGAUAUUAAACCUGAUAAUUUGCUGUUAGAUAGCAAAGGACACAUCAAAUUAGCAGAUUUUGGUCUUUGCACCGGCCUCAAGAAAGCACAUAGAACAGAAUUUUACAGAGAAAUUUUACCAACUGAUAUGAAAGAUUUCUCGUCAGCUGAACCAUUAGAUACAAAAGGCAGAGCAGCAACAUGGAAGAAAAACAGGAGACAACUGGCAUAUUCUACAGUGGGCACUCCAGAUUACAUUGCCCCGGAAGUCUUUCAUCAAACAGGUUAUAAUAAAAGCUGCGACUUGUGGUCAUUAGGAGUGAUCAUGUAUGAAAUGCUAAUAGGCUAUCCACCAUUUUGCUCAGAAAGCCCACAAGAAACAUACAAAAAGGUCAUGAACUGGAGAGAAACACUGAUCUUCCCUCCUGAGAUGCCCAUUUCAGAUAAUGCGAGAGGUUUAAUUGAAAAAUGGUGUUGUGAUCCAGAUAAAAGGCUCAGUAACAUAGAUGAAAUAAAAGCUCACCAAUUUUUUGAUGACGUAGAUUGGCAAAACAUAAGGGACAGACCUGCUGCUAUUCCAAUUCAUGUUAAAUCCAUUGAUGACACAUCUAAUUUUGAUGAAUUCCCUGAAUCAGAACUGGAUUCAAACUGGUUUAAAGACACAAAGUCAGAUGCCGCCAGCAGUAAAGACUGGGUUUUCCUAAACUACACAUUUAAGAGAUUUGAAGGACUCACUCAGCGAGGUGUCAAGGUUCCACUGUUGUGAAGAGCAUCCUGUAAAACAUAUUUUCCUACGUGUGGGAUCUUUUUUAUCUAUCAGGGUCAUCUGAAGAUUAUACUUAUGAAGGACAUUUGUCAGCAGAUUUUUUGAGCUACAUUAGUUUGCACUAGACAUAAAGGCUUAGUGAGAAUCACAAGAGUUCAUUUAGAUGCUUGGAAAGAAAAUGGAAUUCUUCAUUCCUGCAGACUACUUCUGUGAUUGUCUUUUAAUUUACAUUUAUCCUACACAUCCAUGCGAUAGUGUCAACCAACACAAAUGUUGUUUGCAGUUCACAGGUGAAGUGUUGUGUACUCCCUUUCAUCCAGCUCCACUGGAGUAUAGACAGCGGUACAUUUAUUCUUCAGUCUGUAAUUAUACAUUACUGUGCUUCAUUAGUGCAUGCUGUCAUAUUUUUUUUAACUCCCCCCCCCUCCCCCUCUUCACAAACACACCAAGUCCUCCUCUUCCUUCACAGUUUAAUCCUCUGCCCCCAAUGUAAACUCCUCAAAACAUUGGGUAAGCUGAGGGCUCCUAACCAGGAUAUUAUGGUAGUUGAUUUGCUUAUAAGCUGCUAAAUUGCUAUGAGCAGUUAUAAAUAUAAUUAUAACCCUUAUAAAAGGCCAGAGGGGAUGUAAUCUUUUAUGGAUAUCAAUAGUUACCUUUUGAUAUUUUCUAGCAGUUUACUGACACAGUAUUUCAUAUUAAGUAUUUAAUGCUGCUUUUAAGAGCUUAAGAACAUUCCAGAAGCUAUUUUUGUUAGUUCAGAUGAGGCCAUUUCCAUAGGGCUGUUUUCAAGGUUUACAUCACAGUAUGUUUCAUAUUCAAUUGGGGUAAAAUAAUUAAAUUAAAAAUUGUCAUUAAUUAAAUUAACUAAAUUGGUUGUAAGUAGAGUUGUAUGAUAAUUCUGGGUCAAAGAUGUUAGUUACUUUCAUGUGCAUAGGGGUAAACCAAGUUAUAACCUAAAUCUUUAGGUAUGUUGUGGUCUUUUAGAUUUGAUGGCACAAAAUUUUUGUAAAAGUAUAUAUGAAUCAGUGUUCCAACUAUGGAUAUAGUUUUCCUACGUUAAAGCAGCUUAAAAGUAAAGUGAUUGUGGAAACUUUUAUUAUUAGAAAAUAAUCUUUCAUUUUAGUGGCUGCAAUAUUUGUACAGAAGGUCUAUUAGUAAUUCACAAUGCAACUGUAAUGUAAAUAGAUAGAAAAGUAAAAAAAAAAAACAUGGCAAGGCUCACUGAGAACAUUAAGUGGAACACAGGACAUCACAAUGAAGCUGACUGGGUUCGUAGAUGCUAUUUGCUAAUCAUUCCAUUUGGAUACUAAAGAACACAUAUUCAAGCUAGCUGUGUUUUAGCAAUUUUUUUUUUAAUUGCUGGUGUUAUAGUUGCAGGGGUUUCAAGAAAAGCCAGAUACUAGCAGUCCAUGACUGCUUGCGCCUUUAACUCCCAGAAGUGAUUAACAUGUAGCCUGUCCCUAUAAUAUCCAUACAUUAUCCACCAAACAGGUAAU